CUCGAGAAUAUGCCUGCUGCACAGAUGAACAUUAAAAAACGUGGACAGAUUCCUGUAUCACAUGCGACUCUCCGAUGAGACCCUCUUGGACAUCAUGGCACGAUUCAAGGCCGAGAUGGAGAAGGGCCUGCGGAAGGACACCAAUCCCAUGGCCUCAGUGAAGAUGCUGCCCACCUGUGUUAGGCCCAUUCCGGAUGGUCCUGCAAAAGGAGAGUUUCUUGUUCUGGAACUUGGAGAACCCAAAGUUCGAGUAUCGAAGGUUCAAGUCACUGAAGAAGGGAAUCCAGAGGUCCAGAUGGAGAAUGAGGACCCACUGGCUAGUGAACUCACCCGAGGAAAAGGAUCCCAGCUGUUUGAAUACAUUGCUGACUGUCUGUCUGAUUUCAUGGAGACUCAAGAUUUGAAGCCUAAGAAACUUCCCCUGGGCUUCACUUUUCCGUUUCCUUGCCGGCAGACUAAACUAGAUGAGGGAGUCCUGCUUUCUUGGACCAAGAAGUUUAAGGCUCGGGCAGUUCAGGACACAGAUGUAAGGAGUCAUCUGUGGAACGCCAUGCAGAAACACUCGGACAUGGAAGUGGAGUUCGUGGCCUUGGUCAAUGGCACAGUGGGGACCCUGAUGGCAUGUGCCUACAAUAAUCCUCAAUGUGAAAUCGGUGUUAACAUUGACAAUGGCACCAAUGCAUGUUACAUGGAGGACGUGAGCAACAUUGACCUGGUGGAAGGCGAUGAAGGAAAGAUGUGCGUCAACACAGAAUGGGGGACUUUUGGUGACAAUGGGGUUCUGGAAGACAUCCGCACUGAGUUUGACAGGGAGCUGGACCUUGGCUCUCUCCACCUAGGAAAGCAACUAUUUGAGAAGAUGAUCAGUGGCUUGUACUUGGGGGAACUCGUCAGGCUCAUCUUGCUGAAGAUGACCAGAGCCGGCCUCCUGUUUGGUGGCAAGACAUCGUCUGCUCUCCACACCAGGGACAAGAUUGAGAUGCGGCACGUGGCUGCCAUGGAGAAGGAUAAAGAAGGCCUUGCUAACACAGAAGAAAUCUUGACCGACCUGGGCUUGGAGCCAUCAGAGGAUGACUGCGUUGCAGUGCACCAUGUGUGUACCAUUGUCUCCUUCCGAUCAGCCAAUCUCUGUGCAGCAGCCUUGGCAGCAAUCCUGACACAUCUCCAAGAGAACAAGAACUACGAAAAAUUGAAAGACACAGUGGGCAUUGAUGGUACCCUCUACAAGACACACCCACAGUACCCAAAACGCCUGCACAAGGUGGUGAGGAAACUGGUCCCAAACUGUGACGUCCACUUCCUCCUGCCCGAGAGUGGCAGCACCAUAGGGGCUGCCAUGGUCACUGCGGUGGCCUCCCAAGUUCAGGCCCAGCGGAAGCAGAUCGAUGAGGUGCUGGCUCUGUUCCAACUGACUGGAGACAACCUGGUGGACGUGAAGAACAGAAUGAGGGCUGAGCUUGAGUACGGGCUGAAGAAGGAGACCCACCCGAUGGCCACGGUCAAGAUGCUACCCACCUACGUCUGCGGGAUGCCUGAUGGCACAGAGAAUGGCAAUUUUCUCAUCCUGGAUCUUGGUGGAGCCAACUUUAAGGUUCUCCUAGGGAAGAUCAGAAGUCAUCAAAAAUGUGUGGAAAUAGAUGAAAAGACCUUCCCCAUCCCCCUGGAGAUCAUGCAGGGCACAGGCGAGCAGCUGUUUGACCACAUCGUGCAGUGCAUCGCAGACUUCCUGGACUACAUGGGGCUCAGGGGAGCCCAACUGCCUUUGGGCUUCACCUUCUCCUUUCCCUGCAGACAGACGAGCAUUGCCAAGGGAACCCUCAUGGAGUGGACCAAAGGCUUUAAGGCCACCGACUGUGAAGGGGAAGACGUGGUGGACCUGCUCAGGGAAGCCAUCAAGAGGAGAAAUGAAUUUGACUUUGACAUAGUUGCUAUGGUCAAUGAUACAGUGGGGACUAUGAUGGCCUGUGCCUAUGAAGACCCAAAUUGUGAGAUUGGCCUAAUUGCAGGUAAGUGGUCAGGCAUGUUUGCCUGGACGUCGGUGUUGAGAAUGGUUCUCAGGCCAGAUCAUGGGCAAGAUAGAGGAGAGUGGCUCACACCUGGCAAGUAUGAGAAAAUGACCAGUGGGAUGUACCUGGGUGAGAUAGUCCGGCAGAUCCUCAUCGACCUGACCAAGCAGGGGCUGCUCUUCCACGGGCACAUUUCUGAGCGUCUGCGGAUGAGGGGCAUCUUCGAAACCAAGUACUUGUCUCAGAUCGAAAGUGACCAGCUGACCCUCCUCCAGGUCAGGGCCAUCCUGAAGCAUCUCGGCCUGAACAGCACAUGCGACGACAGCAUCGUGGUGAAGAAGGUGUGCGGAGCUGUGUCCCAGCGGGCAGCGCAGCUCUGUGGCGCUGGCCUGGCUGCCAUCGUGCAGAAAAGGAGAGAAGAUCAGGGGCUCAAACAUCUGAAGAUCACUGUAGGCGUGGAUGGCACCCUGUACAAGCUGCACCCUCACUUCUCUCGGAUAUUGCAAGAAACCGUGAAGGAGCUCGCCCCUGGGUGCGACGUGACGUUCAUGCUCUCAGAAGAUGGCAGUGGGACAGGAGCAGCUCUCAUCACUGCUGCGGCCCAGCGCUCACAGAAGCCGUAGAAGGAAAACCAGGGCUGGGCAUAGCUUGGCUUGGCCACGGCCAGCCUUGCCUCCAGAAGAUGAGGUGGUCAGGGAAACCGGACAGGCUUCGUUCAUCUUCUGAAUGGCUCAGGGAGAGCCUCUGAUGCUUGGGAAUUCACCACUUGCUCUGACAGCUCUUGCUUCCAACUGUUAGAGUGAUAGGAAGCUUUUCCAUCUCCAAACUGACCUCUACUCCCAGGAAUGUGGGCCCUCCCAUACACCCCUUUCUGUUGAUUCUGUUCAACACAAUCAGC